AUGUUCCCCACCCUUUUUAAAGCUUUUACCGCCUCUGCUUUUGGUUCUAUCAAGACGCUUCCAAUCAUUCCUGCUGCCAAAGCUUUCACUCAUGUCAGAACCUACAGCGCUACCAACCAUUUGAUGGAUUAUGACUUGUUUCCAAAAAAGUCUUUGUCACCCAAGGAGUUGAAAACAUUAGUGAAAACACUCGAAGUCUUGCUUACGGCUUUCAAGGGGCUUCCAGAAAAUCAAUUGAAGCCUCAGCUGAACAAGUACCGUUGGAGCCCUACCGAAAAGGUGAAUAUGUCUGUCGCGUUAUUGGUAUUACAGAAGGAGCCUAAGGAUGUCAAGGGUGCUGAUUUUAAAAAAAUUGCCCAGUACGUACAAACUAGAAACGCUCAGCAAUGCCGUUCUUUCUUGGAUUAUCGUAUUAGAAUUGGAAUGAUGUUAAAAUCAAGACCUUGUAGUUCUACAAGAAAACGUAAGGUGUACUGGUGCGUCAAUUACAAGGAUCGUCAUACGUCUAAAGCAAGCCGAUGCACCAUCACCUGUGACACCAGCACGACGUUUGACCAGCUUUUACAAAGGGCAAAGGAAGCGACGGAUCUUUUACAAAUCACGGCAUUUCGAUGCAUGAUCGGUCCCUGUAAAACCAUUCAUGAUGAUCAAAGUAUGGCUAUUGCUAUGGAAGCGUUUGGAAGCAGUAGCGAGUCAUUAGAACAUUGGAGAGUUGGAAUCAUGAUAUACGUAAUCGAGGGGAAUCAUCGUAUCGAUUCAGAAUUGGGUUUGGUAUCCGCCUUGUUUCUGAUGUUUAUCGGAUAUGGCUACAUGUAUCUCAUCCUUGUGUCAUUAUAA